CCGUCUCGGAGCGGCCGGGGAAGCGGGAGGCGGCUUCCGGGGAGGAGCCGAGGCCAAGAUGGCGGCGGAGGCGGUGGUGCGGCUGCAGAGCGACUGGGACCAGGUGCUGAGAAAGAACGAGGGAGAGGCCUGGCUGAGCUGCAGGAGCCCAGGAAAAUCUACUCUGUACGGCACUCUGACUUGUCAGGGGGUGGGCUCGGAUGGAAUUCCCGAAAUCACAGCCUCCGAAGGAUUUAUCGUCAAGGAAGUAACAAAGAAAAGCCUGCUCGUCACUUGCCCUCGCGAAAACGCCUCCACCCGGUUUCUGGCCCCCUAUACGGCCUUUUGUCGAAUCCAUCAAAAGAGCGUCACCUGCCUCGACCUUUCCAGCGGGGGUGGGCUCGGCGUGUCGACCAGUGCUGACGGGACGAUGAAGAUCUGGCAGGCUGCAAACGGAGAGAUCCGAAGACGCUUGGAAGGCCACGUUUAUGAUGUGAACUGCUGCAGGUUUUUCCCAUCGGGCAUCGUGGUCUUGAGCGGGGGGAUGGACGCGCAGCUGAAGAUCUGGUCGGCAGAAGAUGGCCGCUGCGUUGCCACUUUUCAGGGGCACAAAGCAGGCAUCCUGGACACGGCUGUCGUGGACCGAGGAAGGAAUGUGGUAUCCAGCAGCCGGGACGGCACCGCCCGCCUCUGGGAUUGUGGGAGAUCCGCUUGCCUGGGGACAGUGGCGGACUGCGGCUCCCCCAUCAACGGGAUCGCCGUGGGAGAUGCAGACAACACCUUGAAUCUGGGAUCUCCUGAAACAGUCCCGAGCGAGCGUGAAGUUGGAACGGAGGGGAAGCUCCUGCUGCUGGCUCGAGAGGACAAGAAAUUUCAGGGAGUGGGACUGCAAAGUCGGCAGCCGGUUUUCCUCUUCGUUGGCUCCGAUGCCUUCAAUUGCUGUACUUUCCUCUCGACCGUCUAUCUCCUGGCAGGGGCGCAAGAUGGGAACAUCUACCAGCUGGACGUCAGAAACACAAAGGCUCCGGUUCGGGUCAUCCGAAGAUCUGGCGCGCCAGUGCUUUCCCUGCUUCCGUACAAAGAUGGGUUUAUUGCCAGCCAAGGUGACGGAACCUGUUUCAUUCUGCAGCAAGACCUCGAUCACAUCAUUGAGCUCACCGGAGCGGACUGUGACCCUGUGUACAAGGUGGCGACCUGGGAGAAGCAGAUCUAUACAUGUUGCAGAGAUGGGCUGGUGAGGAGAUACCAUCUUUCAGACCUCUGACUAGAUCGAAGCUGCAAGCGCCGGACCACAGGCGACGAACACCGGACACGUUUCAAGGACAGCAUGAAAACCCCCGUUUUCACGAAAAGCCAUACUGGUGCGACGUUUCCAGGACUUUGUACGAUGAUGCGAAUGGAACAUUCACACGUGUGAAUCCUGGCGGCCACGCUAAGAGAAGCAUCCUUGCUCAAGCUAUAGGCAGACUUCCCCUUAGGGAAACUGAAAAGCAAAAAUGUUUUUGAAAGUUCACAUCACUCUGUUGCACUGCACGGCUCAACAAGACUGUUGGUUUUUAAGGCCUCUUGUGUGUGUCGGCAGAAGUUUGUUUGCUGGUCCAUUUGUGACCUCCUCGGUUCCUAGAGGUGGAGAAUUGAGGCCAUGAGACUUCAAUAAAGGGUUGUUUUAGUACA